AUGACGGCAACAAACAACAACAGCAACUAUAUCGUUUCUGAUGAAAAAGUUAUUGAUUCAUUAGUUGAGGAAUUAGUUGUGGCAGAAACUAAAACCCUCAACGAAAGAAUUGGUGAAAACAAGAUUGAUUUACAUAACUACCUCAAACAUGAUGGAGGAAGAGGAAGGAAAACUGGUAUGGCUUUAUUAGUAAAUAAAAUUUCAAAUUUAACGAUUAUAGAUGUUGAUAUCAAUAAAUCGUACAAUGAUGAACUUAAAGAAACAGUUAGAAAAGACAUUUUAUCAAAACUUUCGGAUAAAGAUGUUAUCGUUAAAACCGCUUCAGGAGGUCUUCACAUUUAUUGCAACACUAAUUUCUUCUAUGCAGUUUCGAACAGAAUGAUUAAAUGUUAUUCCUGCAAUGAUUAUGAUAUUGAUAUAAUGACUUCUAUGGAUGAUUCAAAGCGUUCAUUAGUGGUUAUGGCUGAUUCAAGAGUUCGCAAGAAUGCAACAGAACCAAUCAAUACAUACUCAUUCAUUCGCGGAAGUUACGAUUCAACAUUAACCAGAACAGUGAAUGAUAUAUUAAAUGAUUUGAAUAUUAAGGUAAGAGUUGAACAGAAGAAUGAAGAAAUAAAGACUAUCAUGAAUGAAAACAAAGAUGUAAACAUUGACGAUAAACUUGCCCAGAGCAUAGUUGAUGGCAUCUGUGAUUUUGAAGUACAUAAUGACGGUGGAAACAUGAAUUUAGAAAAAGAAGUUACAUUAUUCACACUGUUUCAAGCAAUUAAUUCGUUACCUAAUCAUUUAAUUAAUGAAGCAUACGAUAAUGUUUAUAACUUCUGCAGUUUAACAGAAAAUGCAAAAAGUAAUUUUGAAAAAGCACGUAGUAGAUAUGCACAUUUAAUGACUUCUCCAUUUGUUUUAGUGAAGAUUCUAAAACUAUAUCAAAAGGAAUAUUAUGAUGAAUACGUUUUGCCUUUAUUACGCAAGCCAAAAAUAACAUUUGAUAUCAAACUUGAUGACUCGUUUUUGAUAACAGAUAUUAGACGCAAGGCUGAAAAUCAUCAGUAUAAAAACAGUUCUGAAGUAAUUGAGGAUUUAUCACGUGUAAUCCGUUUUGUAGAUUGUGGAAAUAAAUAUUUCAUUCAGAAAGAUUACAACAUACACGACAAAAUGAAUCAAAUAUCAUUCGUUCUUCAAUCAAACAUGAAAGA